AUCACCAAAACCACCGAUGCAGUGGCUCCGCCGCAUGCAACCAGAGUCACGGGCAUGCAGAAGCGCGCUGAUGUAGCGACUCUGACGGCUUCGGACGUCCGCGUCGCCGUCCAGCGUCGCCGCAGCAGCUGCUGGGGAAUGAGCCGAAUGACGUGUUUCUGGUCGAGUACGAGUGGGAGUGGCAGGUGAGGCGUGGCGGCGAGUAUGCUGUGGUGGUGGCCAACUGCGCGUCGACCACGGUGCAGUUCAAGUACAAUCUGAUUAUGGCCAACCAGUGGCACAACGGCGAGUGGACGAACCUGCCGGCGGGCUGGAUGCCCGUGCAGCAGGUGUACCCGGCCGUAUGCUACACGCUGUGGGCGGUGGCAGCGGGGCUGUGGGCUGCUGUGCAGCUGCGCAGGCGCCAGGGCGUGCCGGUUCUGGGUGUGGUGUUGGGAUUCGUACCAGUGCUGCGGUUCGUCAGCUGUCUGGCCGACCAGUCCCGGUACAGUCUGUGGGGCAGCGCCACCUAUGAGGCCACCAUGGUUGUGGUGUCGACGAGCCUGGUCGAUGCGCUGGCUGACGGAGCGCAUUUCCUGGUCAUCCUGGCCAUCUCCAAGGGCUGGGGAGUCGUGCGGUCGCGGCUGGUCGGCUCCGAGAAGCGGCUGGUAAGCGGGCUGGUCAUAUUCAUAGGCGUUGCCACAUUGUACGACGGGGCGACGCGCGGCGGCGGAGUGCUGGCGGUCGGCGUCAUGCAGCUCGCCGCAGUCAUGUAUGCCCGCGCCAGCCUCUCCCACACACUGCGCGUCCACUCGAUCCAGGUUCUGCGUCUGGUGAGCCGCAACAGCGCGGCGCUCGAGGCCUGGGCGCCGGGCGAGCGCGUGGAGUCCGGCAUUGCAGCGGCUGGCACGCCUGCACUGGCGCGCAAUCCGCGUGCAGUCGCCGGCACUGGGCCUCGUGUGGGCGGCCGUGCGCAAGGAGCGGCUGCUGCAGUGGGUGGCAUAUGCGGUGGUGCCGCUGCAGGUGCUGGAUUUGGCUACGCUUUUUGUCGGCAGCUUUGCGGUUCCGCCGCACUACGCGUACAUCGGCUUGCUGGUCACCCAGGCCGUGCACUGGAUUGCCUAUAUGGCCGUGUUUGUGUGCCUGCUGGUCAGCGGCAUGGAUAUGCCCGACAUUGGCCUGCCUGCACUGCCAGCCGUCAACACCAGGAGAUCCAUUCCGCCGCCGCCGCCCGACUUCAGCGCCAUGGCUCCACGCCCGAUGCCGCCGCUCGGCAGACUGAGGCUGUUCCACAGCUCCGCGUCAUUCAUGACAUCGGGGACUGGUGUCCAGCAGUAGGGGCAGACAUGGGCCGACAUCCAGCUGCCCAUAUUCGGCUGCCCAUGUCGAGCGCGCGAAUUUAUUUGAUGCUCCCAAGGGACCCGCUGCGCAGUGGCCGUCGUGCUGCGAAAGAAAGACCCGGCGAAAGAUGGGGACGCCGACGUGGCCUUUGCCAGCAGACUGGAUUGAGCUUUGGCAGCCGAGUGUUUCUGGCUCUGUAAUCUUUUUUGCGCGCCCUCUCCCGCCCCACCGCUGAGCCCAUCGAUUAUAGAGCAUGCCCGGCCAAUCAUAGAAAUUAGCGCAGCUCCAGCGAAGACAAG